AUGUGCUUUCGUGACACCAACAGCGUGGUUGUUGAUGGUGAUUGGGAGGAAGACGUUCAUGGCCCACCCAUCUACAGUGGAAUUCCGACCCGGAACAUAUUCCCAACCCAACGCACAGCCUCCUUUCAAACCUCGACGAGUAUGAAGCAACACCAAACCUCUUGCCUACCUAGUUUCAAACAUCAUCUUGAGGCGCUAUCUCGAGAGACCAAGGCCCUCAUACUGCAUUUUCUGCCAUACGAUAUUCCUCUGGAAUGCAUAUACCUGUUAGAUCAGUCCUACUGGUGCACUCUACUUGUGCAAAUUCCGUUCCUGUGGGACCUUGACCUCGCAAUGGUGCACGCGAAAGUCUCUGGCGAGUCGUCGGAUGGCCAGAAGGUUGCUAAGCAGUAUGACUGGGAGAAGCUUACGCGACAAGUACUGAAGCCGAUGGAUGUAGUCGAUCCGGAUGUGGUGCCACCGUUACCUAGAGCUCAUACACUCGAGUUCGGUUAG